GAGAGAGAGAGAGAGAGAGAGAGAGAGAGAGAGAGAGAUCUGUGCUCGCCCAGCGCAUCUCCAGUCUCUCGGCGCGCGCAGCGGCGGUGGCAGAAUGUGGGCUGGAUGCGCGAGACAGGCGGAAAGAUGGAGAGACCCUGCCUCAGCACAGGGGGGGCUGUAGCCUGAUUUGGCCGCGAUUCAUGUCCCGCUCACGCGCCUUCUCAGAGGAAGAAAAGAGGUGGGCAGCGGGAGCGGGGUGGAUUUUGCUUGCUGUGGACCACCAAAGUGUGCCCGAGGACCACCUGGGGUCUCCAAAGUUUAACGCGGGUUUGACGCGUUCGUGGACGUCCCGUGCGUCGUCCCCUGCGAUGAGGGGCUAAUCGGCUGCGCUGGACUGGACAGUUCGCCUGGCGCGCGGGAAAGACGCCGAGGACGACGUGCUGACCACGCUGCCCCGCACGAGCGCAGCAGCCAGACAGGAAAAGAGGGAUGAUUGACGGGAAGCUGAGCUGAGACGUCUGUCAGUCAAACGCUGGAAGUCGGUUCGUCCGCAUAUCAGAAGACUUCCCAUCUCUCCUUUUCUGCACUCCCCCUAUCUCUUCCAGUGCAAGGACCCCAAGAGAGCACACGCCAGAUAGUUCCAUUAGUCUGCUGUCCGUGGUCCUGAAGCAUGCUGCAUCCACUUUGGCACCUUUUUCUCACCAAAUCUGGGAUUAUUUCAUAAACUCAGCCCAAAGCUGCUUCAUUUCCUGACUCUCCAUCACUCUCUCGGCUCGUAAGAGAGGACCUCGGAGCACUGGGACUUCUUUCUGUAACAUAAAGCAGCCCUAUUAGUGCGAGUUCCCGCAGAAAGCCAUGAGUAUGUGGCUAGUGUUGACUGUGCAGGUGAUUUGGCCUGGCCUUUGCCUGGCCAUGCAGCAUUACCCCACCACCUGGGGACACUAUGACAUAUGCAAGUCGCAGGUGUACACGGACGAGGGGCUCACCUGGGAUUACAUGGCCUGUCAGCCCGAGGCCACCGACAUGACCAAGUACCUGAAAGUGACCCUGGACCCGCCCAACAUCACCUGCGGGGAUCCGCCGGAGACGUACUGCGCACUGGAAAACCCGUACAUGUGCAACAACGAGUGUGACGCGGCCACCGAGGAACUGGCCCACCCUCCGGAGCUCAUGUUCGACUUCGAGGGUCGCAACCCCACCACCUUCUGGCAGUCCUCUUCUUGGAGGAAGUACCCAAAGCCACUCGUAGUCAACAUCACGCUGUCCUGGAACAAGACCAUCGAGCUGACCGACGACAUCGUGAUCACGUUCGAGUCCGGAAGGCCAGAGCAGAUGGUUUUGGAGAAGUCUCUGGACUAUGGCCGGACAUGGCAGCCCUAUCAGUUCUAUGCCACGGACUGCCUGGAUGCUUUCACCAUGGAGCCCAAGACGGUGCAGGAGCUGUCCCAGUUCACCCUGCUGGACAUCAUCUGCACCGAGGAAUACUCCCGCGGCUACGUCUGGAAGUACGACAAGACCGUCCGCUUCGAGAUUAAAGACCGCUUUGCGCUCUUCGCUGGCCCGAGGCUACACAACAUGGCCUCCCUUUAUGGCCAGCUGGACACCACCAAAAACCUGAGGGACUUCUUCACCAUCACAGACCUGCGGAUCCGCCUCCUCAGACCAGCCACCGGCGCCACCAUGGUGGACGAGAGCAACCUCAGCAGAUACUUCUACGCCAUCUCUGACAUCAAGGUGCACGGCAGGUGUAAGUGCAACCUUCACGCCAACAGCUGUGUGUUUGAGAAGGAGAAGCUGAGCUGCGAGUGCGAACACAACACCACGGGGCCGGACUGCGGACGCUGUAAGAGGAAUUAUCAGGGACGAGCCUGGAGCGCCGGAUCAUACCUGCCCAUACCCAAGGGCACCGCCAAUAUCUGUGUUCCAAACAACAUCAGCCCAGUCAACUGCGAGUGCCUCGGCCACUCCAACCGCUGCAGCUACAUCGAUCUCUUAAACACGGUCAUUUGCGUGAGCUGUAAGCACAACACUAGGGGGCAGCACUGUCAUCUGUGCAAGCUGGGCUACUACCGCAAUGCUUCGGCCGAGCUGGAAGAUGAGAAUGUUUGUAUAGACUGUAAUUGUAAUCCCUUUGGCUCAGAGAGCGAUCACUGUAAUGGCACGGGAUUUUGUAAAUGUAAGGCAGGAGCGACAGGCGUUAAGUGCCAUGAGUGUCUGCCCGGAUAUUUAUGGGACAAUGGCUGCAAAUCCCGAGUGUGCGACAACGAGCUGCUGCGCUGCCAGAACGGUGGCGUGUGUGUGAACAAUGUGAGGUGUCAGUGUCCUCCGGCCUUCUCCGGCCUGCUCUGCGAGAAGCCUCGCUGCGAGAGCGAGGCGGGCGGCUGCGACCCCGACUCCGGCCAGACCCCCCUCUCGCAUUCCGCCUUCCUGCUGCUGCUGACGUCCGCCUGUGUCCUGCUCCUGACCCGCCUCUGAGAGACUGAUACACUCGUAAACAUGUUCACACACACACACACAA